GCGUCGGAUUCGUUGCUGUGGGAAACGACCCGGGACCUGGGAGGGUGGAAAGACGUUUCCCGCCGGCGGGAGCUGCGGUUGUGGCGGCGGGGCUCAGCGCCGCAGCACCAUGGCGGACCAGCUUUAUCUGGAAAAUAUAGACGAGUUCGUCACGGACCAGAACAAGAUCGUGACAUACAAAUGGCUGAGCUAUACACUAGGAGUUCAUGUUAACCAGGCUAAACAGAUGCUGUAUGAUUAUGUUGAAAGGAAGCGAAAGGAGAAUUCAGGAGCCCAACUGCAUGUCACCUAUUUAGUGUCUGGCAGUCUCAUUCAGAAUGGACAUUCUUGCCACAAGGUUGCAGUAGUGAGAGAAGAUAAAUUGGAAGCAGUGAAGUCCAAGCUAGCUGUGACUGCCAGCAUCCAUGUGUACAGCAUCCAGAAAGCCAUGCUAAAGGACAGUGGGCCUCUGUUCAAUACCGACUAUGACAUCCUUAAAAGCAACUUGCAGAACUGCAGCAAGUUUAGUGCCAUACAAUGUGCAGCUGCAGUUCCCAGAGCUCCUGCUGAAUCCUCAUCUUCCGAAAAGUUUGAGCAGUCAGAUCUUCAAGUAUCAAGUGAGACACAAGCCAAUAAUGAGUUGACAACCAAUGGUCAUAGUCCACCUACCUCCAAACAGAUUUUACAGCAGCCCAAGGGAAUAAUGGGAAUGUUUGCCUCUAAAGCUGCUUCUAAAACCCAAGAAGCCAACAAGGAAACCAAAACAGAGGCUAAAGAGGUAUCUUCUGCAGGCAACAAGGCACCAGGGAAAGGGAAUGUGAUGAACAAUUUUUUUGGAAAAGCUGCUAUGAGUAAACUUAAAGUCAAUUUGGAUUCAGAACAAGCAGUGAAAGAAGAGAAAAUAGUGGAGCAACCUCCAGUGUCUGUCACUGAACCAAAGCUGGCAGCCCCUACAGGCCUGAAGAAACCCGGCAAAAAAGCAGAGCCUGUUAAGAUGCAGCAGAAGGAAAAAAAAAGGGGGAAGCGAAUGGAGUUAUCUGAUGAUGAGACAAAAGAAACUGAAAGUAUGAAGAAAAAGAGGAGAAGAAUCAAACUUCCUGAGUCUGAUAGCAGUGAAGAUGAAGUCAUACCAGACUCUCCUGGGGAUUAUGAAGCUGAGUCACCAUCCCCACCUCCUCCUGCUUCUCCACCUCCUGAACCAGUGCCUAAGACUGAACCAGAGCCUCCUUCUGUCAAGAGCUCAAAUGGAGAAAAAAGAAAACGAAAACGGGUGCUGAAGUCUAAGACCUUUGUGGAUGAGGAAGGCUGCAUAGUGACUGAAAAAGUCUAUGUGAGUGAAUCCUGCACAGAUAGUGAAGAGGAGCUUAAGAUGAAGACCUCCUCCGUACAUAGACCCUCUGCCAUGACGGUGAAAAAAGAACCCAAAGAAGAACGAAAGGGCCCAAAGAAAGGGACUGCUGCUCUGGGCAAAGCCAACAGACAAGUAUCCAUUACUGGCUUCUUCCAGAGGAAGUGAACUGCCAUCUCUGUUGGUUCAGAGACGUGGAGUGGUCAAGGGAGAAGACCAAGACAGACAGACUCUCACUUACUGUGUAAGUUCAUCCUGUGCCUCACCUUGCCUGUAUCAAAAGACUUAUUCCAUCCUGUGAGGUUUAUACUGUUUCUGGUUUUUAACCAAAGGGAAAUCACCUGGAAGCAAGAGGCAAAAGAAUAUUUAAGAAGCUGUUGUGUUUUAAGGACAUUUUUUUAAGCACAAUCUUGACCUGUUCUGGAGAAGAAUCCACUCCAAACAUAAAUUGGAACAGGUUUCAGAAUUAUCACUGAAGCCAUUUAGUUGCUAAUUCACUGGUCCCUACCCAAUCCUGUGUCCUGAGCACUUAUGGCUCAAGAAGUAUUCUUCUUUGUUCCUUUGUAUUCUGUGGACUUGUGUGGGUCUUCAUUUAUCCCUGAAUUUUACUGGCUGUGUUUACCACUCUCCCCAUAAUCCCUUCCCCACUACCAUACUUCUAUGUGAAGCCAUUUUCUGUAAGUCUUUUAAAUCUUUGUUGGACUACAGGCUGAAACAAAAAUCUCCCUCUAAUCCUCUAAUCCUCUCUUCCUCCGUUAUAAAGUACACUGACACCUGGCUACAGACCAGCACAUUGCUUAUGUUCUGCCCCUUUCACAAAAGCUCUCUCGACCUUCACUCGCAAUUAGUAGGUAGGGAAAAGCCUCAGGCAGAGCACAAAUAGAAAUGUAAUGAUGUAUUCAUCUCCACCAGAAAUUACUUAGUGUCAGCAUUGACGAUAGUAGAGGCCUUGCUAUGUUGCUGACACAGGGCAUGUUUUACGCUGCUCUUUGUGAUUUUUGUCUCCUCCUCUCUCCCUUUCCCGCUGUUAGUACCUAGAGAGUGAAACCCAGGCAAUGAAAUGGAGGCUAAAAGAGAAAGCCUUUUCUGUAUGCAGGGUACAACAGUUAAGAAAAAGUUCUCCUUCUCAAGGAACCUGAAUGUUCAGAAACAGCAAUUUUCCAGGAAGGUAACAAGGAAGAAAUAAAGCACACAUUUUUAUACAGAUGUUGCUCCUCUGUAUUUUAACCCUCCCAUUUGCCUAAAAGUAUAGGCUGCCCAAGAAAGGUGGAGAGACUGAGUUGUUAGUAGGACUAAACAGCAAGUAACACAUUCUCAUUUGUUGCUUAUGGAAAAUCAUCUAUUCUAUUGAUAACUUUUAAGUGAUUUUCAUGAUGGCUGGACAGUGACCUUGGUGGAUCGAAGUGGUGAGGUAGUAAUCUGGUACAGUGAGCUCUAGGGAAAGAACACAGGCUCAUCUGCUGGCAUGACUCACAACUGACAGACGAGGGACGUCUGACUUAGCCUGCGUAUGUCAUGAUGCAGUCAGCAUUCAAUAAACCUACUGUUUAAGGUUAGGAUUCUAACUGACCUUGGAUUCAUAUGAACAUAUUUAGCAGCCAUCAUCCAGGGCUCUCCAGCCAGGCACCCCAUGGACUUGAUUGAGACCAGAAGUUUGGGAGAUGAGUCCUGGCAUUACGUCUAGGACUUGAGAAGGCAGACGCUUUGUGUCAUAAGCAGAGUAAAGGUUGACGUAUUCCACAGCCCUCUUUCUUUUUAAACUGUAAAAGGGUGGAAAGCCUGGACUUACCUUUACAAAAAACCUCUGGAGAAUGAUCUUUAAAAAAAUUUUUUAAUGUUUAUUUAUUUUUGAGAGAGAGAGGGAGGGAUACACAGAAUCAGAAGCAGGAUCCAGGCUCUGAGCUGUCAGCAUGGAGCCCAACGCGGGGCUCAAACCCACGAACCGUGAGAUCAUGACCUGAGCCAAAGUCGGACGCUUAUCCAACUGAGCCACCCAGGCGCCCCUGGAGAGUGAUCUUUUAAAUGGUAAUUUUUGUCAUUGCCUCUAGUAAUUUUUCUAAAUAAGAAUUGGAAAAAUUAAAAAAGCAACAAUCUAGUUUUUUGUUUUUUGUUUUUUUUUAAUUCUGCUGGGCUCUCUAGUGAAACUGAAUUUUGAAUUGGAAAACUCCAGUGGUAGUUGGAGCUCCAUCUUUGAAAGGAUAAUGCAAAUCCUGUGAUCACCACACCCAGUAUGCUGCCUGAACUCAGCUGUCUGCAAGGCUUAGGAGGGAGGGAGUGGUGGCCUUUUUUUCUUUUUAUACAAAACUCUACCAUGUUAUCCACAUGAGUUAAAUAAAUUUGAGAAGUUGUUUUAAAACAGUGCUUCAAACUGAAUGUCUGGUGAGUCUGUUAUUUGACAGGACGGCAGCAGUGUGUGCAAUUAUUCAAACCCUGAACAGGAACAAGGCUGGUUUUCAGUUCAUAUUGUUAAAACUGCACACCCAUAGUCUGAGAUGAACAAGUCAUUUGCUGCCUUCAUCAUUUUUUCAACCCAGUGGGAAACCUUAGUUUCAGCCAACAUCAUUUUUUAGUUCAUUUAGGAGAAAAUGUAGUCCUGAUCUUGCACAUUGUGUUAGUUUGGCUUCAUCACUUGUUAGCCAUGUGACCUUGGGCACAUUUCUAAGCCUCAGGUUCUUUGUCAAAAUAGAGCUAAAACGAGUUACCACAGAUUGUCAAGACUGAAGAAGUGUAUACAUGCAGCCUAAAUUUGGUGCACAGUUGUAGCACAUAGGUGCUCUACAAAUGGUGGCUUCCUUCCUGGUGUGAGAAAUGCAGUCAGCCACCAACUUCCUGAAACGUUUUCAAGGAUAUGAGCCAGAUUUCUACUUUGAAAGUCGUCAUUCUGGCGGGAAAUGUGAUCAAAGGUGGAAGAUACUUGUUCUAUAUUCUGAAAAAUUUUAGAGAGAGUAGAUACUUUUCUAUUGAAACAAAGUGAGGUUCAUUGAUGGCUGUAUUUACUAUACAUGAAAAUACGUGUGUCUACUCAUGUGUCAGGCCUCUGACCUGGACACAAGAGGAUAUAGGUAGCAUCCUAGAAUUUAGCACUUGUCUAAUGGCUCUAAUGGAAGAGACAAGCCACUAAAAUGAAAUUAUAAUAUGAUAUGGUGAGUGCAGUGACAAGUAAGCGCAGGGUUCUCUGAGAGCUCAUAGGAGUGUGGGCAUUCUUCCUGGAAGAGAGAAAGCUAAGUGGAUAUUUGAAGGGUGAGUAGGAUUUUACCAAGCAAAGAGAAAUGGAAAAGAUUUUCCAGGCAGAGGAACAUGGCUUUGGGGGGAAAUGGACAGUAGACUUUGGGAAAAGAGAGAUGAAAUGUAUUGAGAAAUGAAGUUGGGUCCGGCUAAGGAGUUUGGAUUUUAAUGUAAAGACUGUGAAGACCAACUGAAAAAUUUUAAGAAGAAUAAUAACAUUAGAAGUUGAUUCUCAUUUAAGAGGGCAGCUGGCAUAUUCUUUAAUUUUAUGUGCCAUAUAGUAUUUCUACCCAUGCAUGUACAUUGUAUCCUACUUCUAGUGCUAUUAAAGUUUUAAUGGGAUUAAAAAAUGUCACAGCUAAAACAAGGCUGCUUCAUUCUGGCAGCCAGCAUAGACAGUUGCAGUAUUUCCCUCGUCUUCCCCUGUCAACACAGAUUUCUCUUGCAGAGGCUUUUCAGUUUUCUGAAAUUGAUUUCAAAAAUGGGGUAGUUCUCAGACACUCUCAAAGAUAUGUGCCUCCACUCACCUCCCUGAAAAGAACUGAGGAGGGGAGGGAGGACGGGUGGAACAGUUCUAUUUCUUUUCUAUCUUUGUUUCUCUAAGAAGACAUUAGUUAUUUUACAGGAGAGAGCUGAAGAGAAGGGCCAUAUAAGGAAACUAAAUAGUUUCGCCAGGACAUGAGUAGAAUGAGUGCAUAAUAAUGUAUUUGCCAGAAACGUACUCUGUGUCAAGACUCGUUUUGGUAAACUUGUCUCCUUUCAUUGGUUCUGGGAUCUAGUAUGCUGUAAUGCAGCUUUUUACCACCAUGAAACAUUCUGGGGCUGCCUCGUUUUGUUGUGAGAAGGCAGUAUUGCUUUCUGAGUUAUUGCCCUGGCGGCUCUGUAAAUUAGCCCAUGCUGUCACCAUGCCCUCUCUGAAGGGCACAUUGUACCCAAAUGACUGCAUUUAGGAUUGACUCUUGCCACUCCCUGCUUCAUGACACUUCUCACCACUUGUAUCUGUGUCCAGUUUUUUUCUGUGUGUUCUUAAGUGUGGGCCACCCACAGAUUGCCACCCAGGCUCUUUAGCCAGAGAAACUUGGUAAGGCUUCUGAUCCAAACCCACCUUAAUUCUAGAAUUGCCCUUUCAUUUCAAGCUCUAAAUAUUGUCUGGCUCCCCCACACCAUUCCCUCUCUUUUUUCUCAUUUGCUCUUGCCAGACUCCUUGUUUCUUGAGGCUUCACUUUGGCUUCUACCCCUCUCUCUCUUUUUUUUUUUUAAAUACUUAAAAGUUCCUCAUUGCUAGUCCUACUUUAACUUCUUUCUUUUGGUCUUUCAGGCUUUCUUAAGGUUCUUCUUUCACAUCUUUUACUAGACUGCUCUUGAAGAAUGGAAAAACCAUGUUGUUUAAUAUCUGCUUUGGAUCAUGCAAAUCCAAAGUGUCAAGCAGUUGUUGAAUGCUAGUUCUGUUCAUUCCUGGAUAAGAUACUUUAGAGACUGCAAGAGCUCAGAGGUUACCAUUUUGGAGUGGCAGGACAUGCACCCUAAAUAAAUAGCAUUAUGUAGCAGUGGAGAUGAUGCUUAGAUGAGGGGUAGACAGGAGCUUAGUAAUCAGAAAAGUACCAGGAUAAUCAUAAUGGGCAACAUUUUAUAGUCCUUUGUGAAAAACAACAGAGAAUUUAAUGCAAGAAAACAGGCUGAGGGACGGUUCACCAUUUUAGUGGAUUUUAUUCAACUGUUUGAAUGUCACUCAUCAUUUAUACAGUCAUGGUAUAGGUAAUCUAUUAAGUGAACCUUUAGUGGAGUUAUUUCUGUCCUAUCUUAAGAAUGAGAAUACUGACAAGAAAGAAGCAGGUACCAAGGACUAUUCCAAAAGGUACUUUGUGGGAUAUAUAUUGGAUUAGCAUGAAUUCAGCUCCAUUUUAUGUGUGCUCAAUUUUGGCACAAUGGGGAAGCAGGAUGCUUUGAAACAGCACAACUUGGGAGGCAGACGGCUCUGGAUUCAAACUUUGUCUAAAGGCACUAACCUUAGGUGAGGAACUCCUCCUCUGAGAACUUGUUUCCUCAUCUUUACGAUGAGCUACCACCUACCUUAAAGGGUUGUUUUUGUUUGUUUGAUUGAUUGAUUGCAAAAAGAGUACAACCUGGGGAGAGGGGGAGGGAGAGAGAAUCCCAGGCAGGGAUUUGACGAUCCCACAACCCUGCGAUCAUGACCUGAGCCAAAAUCAAGAGUCAGAUGUUCAACCAGCUGAGCCACCCAAGUGCCCCAAAUGUUGUUUAAGGCUUUUAUGAAAUGCUGCAUGGGCAGCUCC